AUGGCAAGAACUAAGCAGACAGCGCGCAAGUCGACGGGCGGCAAAGCUCCCCGCAAGCAGUUGGCCACCAAGGCGGCCCGCAAGAGCGCUCCGGCCACGGGAGGCGUGAAGAAGCCGCACCGGUACCGGCCGGGUACGGUGGCACUGCGGGAGAUCCGGCGCUACCAGAAGUCCACCGAGCUGCUGAUCCGCAAGCUGCCCUUCCAGCGCCUGGUGCGGGAGAUCGCGCAGGACUUCAAGACCGACCUGCGCUUCCAGAGCUCGGCCGUCGUGGCCCUGCAGGAGGCGAGCGAGGCUUAUCUGGUGGGGCUGUUCGAGGACACCAACCUAGCCGUUGUUGUGAUCAUGUCAGGUCGAGGGAAAGGUGGGAAGGGGCUGGGGAAGGGUGGUGCCAAGCGUCACCGUAAAGUUCUCCGCGACAACAUUCAGGGCAUCACCAAGCCGGCCAUACGCCGGUUGGCCCGUCGGGGUGGUGUCAAGCGUAUUUCAGGCUUGAUCUACGAGGAAGUUCGCGGAGUCCUGAAGGUUUUCCUAGAGAACGUCAUCAGGGAUUCUGUAACUUACACUGAACAUGCCAAACGCAAGACGGUGACGGCAAUGGACGUGGUGUACGCGCUGAAACGCCAGGGACGCACCUUGUAUGGUUUUGGUGGUUAGAAGUGAUCACAGAGAAUACCAGUGUCAUCCAUGGCACCCAAGGGAAAUGGCCCCAGACUCAUUACAAACAGAUGGUGGGAGACAUCAGUGAGCCAGUGACACCGAUCUUCCAUCCUGUCAGACUGAAACUUGCCUCGAGCAGCCAGGCAGUGAAGAAAAUGACAGUGCUGCCCCAACUCAAGAGACAGUUUAACGUGAAACCAAUGUCAGUUAACUGUAAAUAAAAUAAAAUUAUGCUGGAAAAUCUCAGCUGGUCAGACAGCAUCUGUGGAAAGAGUUUCUCACCUUUGUUAGAAUGGUCAGUGUCAGAACACUGGAAGUUUUGCAUCUUCCCUGAAUUUUAAUUUGCACUGAAGUCAAUCAAUGGUGAUCUAAAGUGGCCACAGACUUAGCAUUGCCCAAUACACCUCAUUUUAAUUCCACUGAAACCUGGGGAUUUAACACAACCUCAUACUUUGCUGUGCAGAUUUCCUACAAGGGGCAGAGAAACAAAGGACUGGAAUUUUUUGGAUGCUGGACCUGACCUGAAAUGUUGACCAUCUGCUGGUCUCCAUGGAUGCCAGAAUCUAGAUGAAGAGAAGCAAGAAAAUGCUCUAGGAACUCAGCAGGCCAGGCAGCAUCUGUGGAGAAAAGCAGCUGGUCAACGUUUUGGGUCAGGACCCUUCUUCAGAACUGAAGAUAGGAAAAGGGGAAGCCAGAUAUAUGAGGGAAAAGCAGAGCAGUGAUAGGUGGACAAAAGAGGGGAGGUGGGGUGGGCACAGGUGAUGGGUAGAUGCAGGUAAGAGAUGGUGAUAGGCAGGUGUGGGGGAGGAGGGGGAGAGAACCACUGGGGCAUGGGUCAAAGGUAAGGAGGCAGCCUCCCCAUGGGGGGGAGGAGAGGGAAAAGAGGAUAAAAUGGCAAAGAGAAAAAAGUGAGACUAGGAAGAAAAGAGGCAAGGUGGGGGGGGGGGGGAGGUAGGGGAGAAAUAGGGAGACUACUUAAAGCGGGAGAAUUUGAUGUUCAUGCUGUUAGGCUGCAAGGUCCCAAGACAGAAUGAGGUGCUGUUCCUCUGGUUUGUGCUUGGAAUUCUCCUGGCAGUAGAGAAGGCUGAGGACUGACAUGUCAGUGUGGGAGGGGGAGUUGAAUUCAUAGGCAAUGGAGAUGCAGAUUGUGGUUACAGACAGCACGGGUGUAACACCUGCCCCUACACCACCUCCAUCCAGGGACCCAAACCGUCCUUUCAGGUGAGACAGAGAUUCACCUGCACCUCCCUUAAUAUCAUCGACUGCAUUCAGUGCUCCAAGUGUGGCCUCCUCUACAUCGGUGAGACCAAACGCAGAUGAGGUAACUGUCUUACAGAACACCUGUAACUGAAACUUUAUUCUAAAACUGUAACUCAACUUUAUUCUGACUUGGAUCUCCGGGGAGAAAACUGUUGUUAUGAAAACACUUUUGUUUUAAUUAACAAAAUAAACUUUAUUCAUAAUAAAAGAAACUCUAUACACUAAUAAAACAGUUCAAACCUUUA